AUGUCACGGCGAGACCGCACUGCUGCCCAUGGAGCUAGACACAUAACCCGCUUUGACCCCCGGCCCGGCAUACCUACAAACACCCGGUCAUACCUCCGCGUCGUCGAAUUCCACGCCGACCGCAUACCACACGCAUCCCAAGACGACAAAAUAUUCUUGAUUAGACUCACGUCCAAUGGAGAGGUGAAUGACUUCAUCGAAAGGCAACCAAAGGCUAUAAAACACGACUACAACGAGCUCUGCAAAGCCAUCCUAGCAGAAUACUCAGACUACGGCGCCUCCGGGACCCUCACGGCAGCCAUGGCAGUCAAACAAGCUCACAACGAGCUUGCGGAAUGCUACUACCACAGGUUGCGACAGGCCUUCUUCGGCAACCGAAACUACGAAGGGAUGGAGGAAGACACGAAUUUCAGGGACCUCCAAAACCUCCACCCCAACCUUAGCCAGCUACUGGGCGUGUACGCCUGCCCCCUUACACAGGACAUACGGCAACUGAAGACCCUGGUGGCACGAGCACAAGGCAAACAUCUGCUCAAGACACAGGCGAAGCCGCACACCCAACCUACAGUGUACAGUGUGGAAAACCACAUGGAACUUGAGGGCGCACCAACGGCCCGGAAACACAAAUGGGGAACCGACCACGGACCCCAAAGGAAUAACCACAAACACGCGGACCCGAAGAACGGACAGCCACGCGACCAGCACUGUACAAGAAUCCGGAUUCAGGACUCGGACGUGGAGGGCGACGACGGGAGAUUGGACAAGAGCCUGGCCAGGCCCGGAUAA